AUAUCAUGUUUAUAAAUAAAUAAAUAAAGCCACUAAGAAAGAAGUUAUUUUUUGACCCCACAGACUGUCAAGAGCAAAGCUCUAUGUGAAAUAAAAUGGACAAGCUUGAGUAGCCAUGAUGGGGAGCAAAUGCAUAAUUUGUCUCUUUUAAAUUAGUAACAAAACAGUUUAUCUCCUGUGACCUUGAAUUGAAUUAUCAUUUUGUGGUUUCAGGUUUUCUCUUCACAGAGUUCAUUUAUAAUUCUUUGUUUUACUUUGAACUAUCAAUAAAAAAGUUACUGCACGUAGAAUACAUUGCAAAUUUUGCUCUGAGAUAUUUUCUUCCUGCAGCUCCCAAACUAUGAUAUUGGAGAAUAUCUCUUAGCAUGUUUGUCAAAUAAUAUAUUUUAUAUUGUAAUGAAGCAUUUGACAUUAUUUUGUACCAUAUGCCCAGAAGAGAAUGUCUGUGGGGUGAUUCACUGUAAUGGGAUCAAGUAUAUUGUUCAUUGCAGGUUGUCUAAAUGUAGGCCUUCCUUGCCACAGUUGUGGUUUAUAUGGACUGUAAUUUCUGCAGCAGGCAUGGUCUUCAAAUCAGAAUGACAAUACAAGAAAAUUUUGAACUUUAUUUUCCUCACUCUGAUGCGUUAUUUUGGUCCAUUAGGGAACAAAACCUUUAACUUUAAAGAAAAAGACCCAGCAUAGCAAAGUGUUUGGGACAUAAAUAUUAUGUGUUCAACCUCUCACUGAAGUUAAAUUGCAGUCUUCAAGCAGCUAAGCAAGAAAGGUAACAGGAAAAAAAGAGAAGAGAUGAUGUUGCAGUUGAGGUAGGAACAGGCUCAUGCAAAGUGACUUGGAAUCCAUCCAAAGAAAGUGCACAUUUAUUUGCAGGUAAACAUAGGAGUAAAUAUUAAUGUUAUAUGUUUUAUUGUGAUUGCUUUGUCUCAAAAUGGAUAUUGCUUAAUGACAUAUUAAAAAGAUUUAAUAGAAAGGCUGCUUUGGUAGAGAGACUAAAACAAAUACCACGUAUCAGCUGUAUGCUAGGAAAUACUACAGGAGUAAAAAAGUAAUUGUGAAUAUUAAUUCUUUAGGUUUCUAUUUUAUGUAAGUUGGUGUUUACUUUUUGACUAGGCUGCUCAGGACUUUCUGCUUUUGUUUUCUUUGAAGCAUUUAGGGCAUUCAAGAACAAAAAGUAAAAGCUAUGUUAGUGGAUAAUGUUUUGCAAACUAUUUAAAUCCUCAUAAACACUAAAGAAUAUUUGGUAACAAGCAUGUUGCUAGCGUAGCAUGGGUUCUAUAGAAAAAUGGUAUUUAACUGUUUUUGACUUUAUUUUUGAAGCUUCUAGUCUUUGUUCAAGAUACAAUUCUACUCUGAUACUAUUCUACUCUUUCACACCUCUUUGCUAUUCUGGGAUGUAAUUGCUAUUUUUUUAGCAUCUAUUUUGGCUUCUUUGAGAGCCUUUACAAUUAUGCCCAUCUUUCUUCCUGCUUUUGGUUGCUUUUUUAAUUUAUUUUUUUUUUCUAUACAAGACUUGACUAAGACAUCAUUGCCAGCUUUUCUGUGCAGCCAACAGAAGCAGAUGCCAUCUUAAUUUCUUCCAGUGCUGCCAAUAAGAAACUUAGGAGAGAGAAGAUUGGAAGAUUUUGUCCACUGCAAUGCAUUUUUUUACUUGAGGAAAUGAAGGGUAGAGCUAUCAGUGCCCUUUCCAAAUCUGUUUUUACAAACAGAAGGGCUGGAAUGGUGAUUGGGAAGGACUCUUCCAAGUGACUAAAUAAUUCAUAGGGAGGUAAACAGAAGAAGGCACCACAGCUGUGUGUGUUUGAUUUAUUGAGGUUUUAUUUUGGUUUAGUUAGUUUUUGAACAUGAAUAUUCUAUUUUUAAAUGAGCACUUGAAGUUAACUUGAAUUCAAUUAAAGCUAGCAGUGGACAGACAGGUAGAUUUGUUAAAGGGCAACAUUGUGUAUUUAUUUUGUUUAAUCAAGAUGUGUCAUCUGAAAUUUGUUUCCUUGUGGGGGAAAUUCAGAAUUUAAACUGUUAAUACUGCAUAUGCAUAGUGACUGCCAAAGAAGACACUUGGCAAUUUUACAGAAAAAUAAAUGUAUGCGUUUCCUCAUUGCUUACUAAGGAUUCAUUCCUUUAUUCAUGAUGUGGUUGUAAUAAACAAUUAGGAAUUUUAAUGAAAGAUUGUUUUUUAUAGAACUGUGUAGCUAAUCUUACUACAUGAAGUACUAAACAGAGAAAAAUGGAGAAAAAGGCCUGUAAAUGAGAGAUGUACAAAAAGUCAGCUUAUUAGAAGGAGAAAAAAAAAUAGAAACUCUUUGGUACCCUUGCUAUUUCAACAGGAGUAAUUGAUGAAAUAUAAGGAAGAAUACUCCCAUCAGGUCUGGAAAUUAAACUGAUUUCCCUAAUUGGGAGUUAUCUUUAGAAAGGCAUAAUUAUAGUAGUAACAUGCUAUUAAAAGUUGUACCAAGAGCUGGGCUAUACUGUACCUCCUGUGCCACACAAGUUAUAUUAUGUUCUUAAGGGAUAAAUAAGCUGGGAUGGCAGGUGUGUUGCAUACACUUGGGUUUGAACAGCAAAAUUGCUGCUUCACUUCACAAUGUUUAGUCAGGAACUGAUAUCCAAGGGCUCAUAACCUGCUCCUAAUGUUUUGGAAGGGACACGUAACUUGAUGUGUAUUAUUUCAGAUUGGGAAUAUAGUCUUUUGCUUAAUUCUUCUGGCAUUUUGAAUACCCAUUAGGCCAGCUUAAAGAUUUAAGUAUGGAAUUUCCUAUAUUCUUUAACUUGAAUUAUUUCUGGUAUGACUAAAUAUAAAUUUUAUAAAUAUUGUAAAAUAAAAAGUAACAUGCCUUUGAAGAACUGUAUUUCCCUUUUUCUCAGUUGUAUAUAUCAAGUUUAGUUCUGUUAAUAUAUAAUUAAUGAAGAAAAAUGAGACUUGCUGAAGAAGAUUAGGAGCAGGUUGUUAAUAAGAUUUCAGAAACAGAUCUAUGAGUCAAAGAAGGUGACCUUCCUUGAUCCUCUUGUUGGAGACAGACUGAUCUAAACUGGGGAUUUUGACUGGUUUUCAGCAUGCAGUAGUUCGUGGGUUGUUUUUACUGACUGCCAGGGUAUUAAUUUCUAAAUUCAUUAACAAUAUUUGUAUAGUAAAAUAAUAAAACACCGUUGUAUGAAAGGAAAUGAAAGCUGCUGCCAAAACAGAAGGAAUAGAGAGUGAGAAUUGUCGCAGCAUGCGCCGCAGCACAUGCAGCAGUCCAGACGGCCACAACACAGAGUAGCACCAUACAGCAUCAGAAGGCUUCAGGCACCUGCCCAGACAGAGUACCAUCAUACCACAGCAGAAAGCUGCAAGCAUCUGCCCUUCUUGUUCUUCAGCCCAACCUUUUAUACCCCUGAUGCUAUGCAGUGCCCCUGUGUGCCCUCUGUGCCCUUUGGUGGUUGCUCAGUGCCCUGGGCACUCCGUGGCUCAUUGUGUCAGUGCUGCUCACCUGCUUCUUACAGCUGUGCCCAUUGGGGAUGAGGCUGGGCUGCAGCCCCACGCCCAAUUACCACAAACACCAUAUGUACAGAGAACAGCAGUAAUUCUUUGGGGGUUGUUUUUCCUGUUUCACAUCCAUCUAAUGAGUAGUUUAUGAGACUUAGUUCCUGAGGUGAUGAAGUGCAGUGGAAGGUGUAUGAACCUGUAAGAGGUUUGCAGUUUUUCACAGAAAUUCUAUGAAAAUCUAAAUCUAUUUAGAUUCUAUUCUGGAAUCUGUGCUAUUUUCUAGUUGGAGUAGUUUGGUAGGUGGCUUAAGAGCAGGCAGAUAAUGGCUUUUUAUUUACUGGACUUGAUUUUUUUUUUUAUCCUGUAGUGCAGAUACUUCUGGUCUAAUGGGGUGUGUCUGACUUCUGAGUUCAGGCAGAACAUGCUUCAGCUGCAGCUUCUCUCUCCUUUCCUUUCCCAGAAAGCACAAUGUGCUGUGUAUGUGUGUUAUUCUCCAGAACUCAAAGGUUGGUGGAUUCCUGUCGGUUCAUGCUUACAAUCUGUCUUUCCCACAUGGAGUUAACUGGUCAGUCUGUCCCUCAUUCUUUUUAUCUCCUGUAGCCUCCCACUGACCUUAUGUGGUGUGUGUGUAAAAUCAUUGGAUUUGUCCUGGCCAUUGGUUUGAAGAAAUCUGCCAAGACCUUGAUUUAUAUAUACUUUGGGGGACUAUAAAAUGGAUUUGUGGAAUGGCAAUCAAAUCUCCCAAACUCUGCUGUCUUUUGCCUUCUGCCAACUGCAAUGUUGAGAACCACAUUUUCUGGAGUCUAUGGUUUUCUGUAUCUUUAAGACGUUUUUUAAAGAUUUCUUCCUUUUGAAAUGUUUGUCCUGUGCAGUGGCAAAAGAGUUAUUGUUGUAAUUGGAAGGGCUGGAAAUUUACAUAAGGAGAGGAAAAAAAAACUUACACAAACUCAAAUUCUGUGCUGGGAAUACCUGCUGUGUUCCUUUUAUAAACUCAGCUGUGAGCACUUAGAAGAUCCCAUCUGUGGGAUGUGUUUCUUCUCCUUUACCCCUUCUUUUCCCUCUCUAUAGUUCAAUAUGGUUUAGGUUUUUAGUUUCCCUUUCUAAUCAGUGUAUUGCAGAUAAAAAAGAAAAUGUGUGGAGGAAAAAGAAAAGGUUGCUAGAAAUAUUUCUUUGUAAGUUACAUAACCUCCCCUUAAUGUAUUUAGGAACAUGUCUCUGCCUUUCAGGCAUAACCCACCAGCUUCCUUUAAAGCAGCAGUCAAGGACAUUUUGCACUAAGAUGUGGGAUUGUGAAAUGUAGCAGCUGAGCCAUGGACACAUCUCCCUGUGUUUCCCCCUUCCACAAGCAGUGCCUUCAGACAGAGAGGACAGAUGUGUCUGGGAAUGGCAUCAUCCCCAACCACUGCAGCAAAGCCUCCAGAUGGCUGGGGCGUGCAGUGAGUGCUUGGAGUGGAGCAUCUCCCAAGGAGACCUGAGACGGUCAAGAGCAGGUCUAAGAAGAGCUCUAAGAAAGGAAAUAGCAGUAGCAGUAGCAACAGCAAAUUGCCUCCAGUUUGCUAUGAAAUCAUUACCUUGAAGACCAAAAAGAAGAAGAAGAUGGCUGCUGAUAUUUUUCCCCGAAAGAAACCAGCUAAUACUAAUACAACUGCUGUCCAGCAAUACCAUCAGCAAAAUCUCAAUAACAACAACACUAUUCCUGCACCUAAUUGGCAAGGACUUUAUCCAACCAUCAGAGAGAGAAAUGCAGUGAUGUUCAACAAUGACUUGAUGGCAGAUGUUCAUUUUGUGGUCGGGCCACCAGGUGGGACCCAGCGGCUGCCAGGACACAAAUAUGUCCUGGCUGUUGGGAGCUCUGUAUUCCAUGCAAUGUUUUAUGGAGAGCUUGCUGAGGACAAAGAUGAAAUCCGUAUACCAGAUGUUGAGCCUGCUGCUUUUCUUGCAAUGCUGAAGUACAUCUAUUGUGAUGAGAUCGAUUUGGCCGCAGACACUGUCCUGGCCACUCUUUAUGCUGCCAAGAAGUACAUUGUCCCUCACCUGGCCCGUGCCUGCGUUAACUUUCUCGAGACAAGUCUGAGUGCAAAGAAUGCCUGUGUGCUGCUUUCCCAGAGCUGCUUAUUCGAGGAACCUGACCUGACCCAGCGCUGCUGGGAAGUGAUUGAUGCCCAAGCUGAGCUCGCUUUGAAGUCUGAGGGCUUCUGUGACAUUGAUUUUCAGACACUUGAAAGCAUUCUCCGAAGGGAGACUCUGAAUGCCAAAGAAAUUGUUGUUUUUGAGGCAGCUCUGAACUGGGCUGAAGUGGAGUGCCAGCGACAAGAGCUGACGGCCACCAUCGAGAACAAGCGCAAGGUGCUGGGCAAGGCUCUCUACCUGAUCCGCAUUCCUACCAUGGCCCUCGACGACUUCGCCAACGGCGCCGCUCAGUCCGGGAUCCUGACUCUGAACGAAACCAACGACAUCUUCCUCUGGUACACGGCUGCCAAGAAACCAGAGCUGCAGUUUGUCAGCAAGCCCCGCAAAGGCCUCGUCCCGCAGCGCUGCCACCGCUUCCAGUCCUGCGCCUACCGCAGCAACCAGUGGCGCUACCGGGGCCGCUGUGACAGCAUCCAGUUCGCUGUCGAUAAGAGAGUGUUUAUUGCUGGCUUUGGGCUCUACGGCUCCAGCUGUGGGUCAGCAGAGUACAGUGCUAAGAUUGAACUGAAGCGACAAGGAGUUAUCCUGGGCCAGAACUUGAGUAAAUACUUCUCAGAUGGUUCUAGUAACACUUUUCCUGUGUGGUUUGAGUAUCCAGUGCAGAUUGAGCCUGACACCUUUUACACAGCAAGCGUGAUUCUGGAUGGUAAUGAACUCAGCUAUUUUGGACAAGAAGGAAUGACAGAAGUUCAGUGUGGCAAGGUGACUGUUCAGUUUCAGUGCUCCUCGGACAGUACAAAUGGCACAGGGGUACAGGGAGGACAAAUUCCCGAACUCAUAUUUUAUGCUUGAAUGGGAGUGUGUGGAUACAAAGCAUUUUGCUAUGAAGAGCCUGUCUGGUUCAGGUCUACUGAUUCUUAGCUUUUAUCUGCAGAUAUGUGAUCAGUACAGGGAAUAUGUGACUAAGUGCUGUGGGCAAGUUCCUGGUUUGCAAUACUUGUAGCAUCAUUGGUGAUUAAGUGUAAUAUUUAAAUUGGAAGCUCUUUAGGCUUUGUCAGAGGGGUGCCUGUUUGCUCGUGAUGCUGACCCUUUCUUUGAUGCACUGGUGAACCACCAGAGGACAUCCCCCUCUUGUAUCUCACUAAACGCUGUCUUCAUUCAUCUAUUUUUUCUUUCUCCAUUUUCUGCCUUCUGCUUGUAUUGGGGAGGUAGGGAUAGAAAAUGAAGAGUCUUGUUUUGUAGCUCUCUCUGCUGUCUGCUCUGCAGACUUUAGAGAUUCCAGUAAACCAAGCUGCUUUUGACAUGGGGGCUGGAAGAAGUCCUUCAGUUAUAAGCAGAAAAAGCACAAGUUUAAACCUUCAUCCUGUGAGAUUCUCCUGUAGCCAACUGUUUGGGAUGGCUCCAGGGGAAGAUGGGAAGAAGGAAGCUUCUUUCAGGAAGCUCCACAGCAUACUGGCCUUAUCCCCAGUGCAUGUUCAUGUUCACAGUGAGGAAGGGAUGUGGGCUGGGCAAGUUGCCCUUGGAGUUCAUUUUCUAGGAAUCCCACCUUGAAGGUAAGGAAGUACUUGCAUGUGUUCAAACUGUGUAUGCAGCUCUUGAAACUCUACUCCCAUGACCCAGGUUUUGCUACAUUGGAGUUGAUCUACUCUUUAAACAGCAUUUCUUUGAACCCUUGCUAAAUAAAUGGGAAUUUAUAUCAAUCAUCUGAUGCAGGGUAAUUUUUUGGGGUUUUUUGUUUGGGUUUUUUCUUCUUCCUAAACAUGGUAGAGGCAGAUUUUAGAGAAACAAAAGAAUGUAUCAAUCUUGAUUUGGAUUUUUUUCUGUAAUAGGAGAUUUUUUUUCUUUUUAUUACGAGUUGAAAUUUAGACAAAGACAGAAGAUUCCCAGCUGUGGUCAUAUUACACUUAGUGUAUACCAUCCAAUUGCAGUGAGGAGGAAGAAGUCUCUGCUAUUGGAUUAUUGUUGGAGCUCUUGCAAUUGCUUAUGGCUACACAUCAAUCAGAGGAUUAUGUGGUCUAGAACCUUUUCCUUGCCUGAGAUUUCCCCCCCCAAAGGAAGUUACAUGUCUGUAUCAUUUUUGAUGAUGUAACAGGAAGUUACAUGUCUGUAUCAUUUUUACAAAAGUAUGAGGGAUUCUCCUUGUAUGAGGGCAGGGAACCAGUAUAAAUAAGAACUAUAGGUAUUAUUGAAACAUCAGAAAAUCCUUCAUCACUGCAAUGGGACAGUUAUUCCUCAAAGGCUACACUGCCCAUUGUAAAGCAUCUUGUUUCACCUCUGAAAUGGGUUCUGUUUGUUGUGUACCUUUUUACAAAAUGAGAGGACCAAAUGAUUCUUUAGACCUGCUGAAGAUUAAUGUUAUGGUAUAUCAACACAUUAAUAUAGCAUAACCCUAAAUUCACUUGUCAGUUCUGUAAUAAAAAUGUUUUUCUCAUAUUAUUUUACCAGUUUAAUACUGUUACUCUAAGUGUUGCUUGAUGGUUGAAAUCCUGGCCCUCGGCCAUCAGAAAGUGCCAAAAUGCAUCUUUGUAGUGUCCAAAAUACCAUCUGCAGUAAGGAAAAGUGGAGUGUAGUCAAAGCCCAGAUCUCUAGGUAAUAAAAAAGAGAGCCAGGUAAAAAAGUACUCCACAGAAUUUAUGCCUUUCAUCCAUCUUAGCAUUUAAUAUUUUGUAUACAUACAUACAUGUGUGUGUAAGCAGCUCUCUUUCUGAAAUGUAAAUACCCUCAAAAUACAUAGAAAAAUGUUUUGGUUUUUUGUAACAGAUGUACAUAAUCCAGACUGUUUGUGAAAUCUAAACAGAAUGCUCUGUGGAAAACUCCCAAGGAGAGAUUUAUAAAAGCCUCCAGUUACUUAUAUCUACAACUGAAAAUAGACAAGAAUGUAAAUGGUGUGGAGUGGAGAAAGGGUUGCUGUGAGAUGUAGAAAGGAAUCUGAGAUUGUGAUGAGGUAACGGUCAUCUACUUUUAGGCAACAUCUGAGCAGCAGUUCCAUUUAUUUACAUACAUUUCAAAGCAGAGAAAGAUGCUAAUCAUCUGAUUAAAUUUUUCUACAGCAAGUGGCUGAUGCAGAUGUAAUUACUCAGAGUGAUAAGCAGAUUGACAGGUUGUGGUAGCAAGCUGCAUUCCAAUUUGCUUGGUAAAAAACGUGCUACAGCUGGUGGGACAAGUCAGAGAGUACUGCAUUGGUUUACCUAGUCUCGGGUUCUCACUUUGAAUUUAUUAUUCAUUUUGACUUAUCUGCAAAUAAAGGUGACAUAUCUGCUACGUUCACUGGCUGGAAGAGAAGUUCAGAGAUCAGAAUACUCUGUAGCUGUAAUAUGUAGAAAAUAAGCUGUUAUUUAAUUAUUCUAAUUUCAUUUUUUAUUAAGUCUUUUUGACGAGGUAGGAUGAAAGCAACCUCUAGCUUAAUUCCUCUGAAUCCAUUCCGGGUUUUGGGAGCUGGUGCAAGGAAAGGUUUCAAGUAUGGGUGAUCAAACAAAGGCACCCAAAACACCUUUGAAUGCUCACAGGAUAACUUGCUUCUGAGCACUUUGUGAUGCUAACAAGUACUGGGAUGUAAGAAGGUGGCCAGUGCCACUCACCUUGGGACAUCAGGGCACUUCAGUAGGUGUCUCAAUGUGAUUUGGUUGGUUUAGCAGAAGCACCCAAGCUUGAAUAUAUUGAUUUACAGCUUGCAAGCAUCAGCCAUAUCAGCCUGGAAUGUAAACAUAAUGUCGAUAGAAAUCACCUGGAAGAUUCUGUCUGAACUGUUCCUGAUUGUCUUUGCUACUUGUAUCUUUGAUUUGCCGGUGAGAGGAAUCUGUGAUAAGAGAGUAUAAUGUAAUAUACUUUCUGCAUAUCUAAAAUAGUAUUUAAGUAAACCCUUUAAUUUCUACCCACUUAUUGCACUGAACUAUUUUGGGUUUGUUUUUUUUUGGUUUUUUUUUUUUGUUUUUUUUUGUUUUUUUUUUUUUUUUUUUUUUUUUUUUUUUUUUUUUUUUUUUUUUUUUUGGUUGUUGUUGUGAUAAACUUGGCUCACUUCAGGUCCCAGCACCCAUUUGUGCUGAAGCAGUGUUUGACCUUAGCAGGCUUACAGCAUUAUUUAUAAAGGAACAGAUAUAUAUAAAUAUAUUUAGUACCUCAUGUUGAAUGUUAUUGUACUGUAUCUUUAAUGUCACAGUGCAGAUCUUGUUGGACUCAUGAAUGUGUAUAAUCAUGUUAAAAAUAAAAAUGAUUCUUAAAUUG